CUUUCCCCUUCUCGACAAAUUUCUCACUGAGUUUUUGAUUUUUGAUGAACCAGACGAAUUGAUUAUCUUGGUGAAGGAAGAAAUCAACAUCAGAUUACAGAAGAAGACUGUAGAUCUAUUGAACGUCUCCAAAGAAGACAAAUUUUGUCUACCAAAUUCAGUUUCUCGAUGGUUUCGCUCUUUAAGCGAUGAUCCGCAAUCGGAAGGCUGGUUUGUCGUCAUCGAAGUUUCGGCGAAUAAGUUUGAUGGGUAUAAGUCUUGAUUGUGUAUGAUAUUGGCGGUUGAAGAAUGAACAUCGUAAAAGGUGUUGCUGGUCUUAUUCGGAGAACAUCCGGCUACAGUGGUGAGUAUGGUGCAGGGUCACCGUCUCACAGGUUCCCUGUUCCGGUUCCAAAAUAUAAAUUCAGUGAUGUUGGUGACGAGGCGAUUUUAUCUACACUAUGGGAGAGAUAUGAAAGUUCAUCUGAUAAGGCAGAAAGACAAAAGGCUUUUCAUAUAUUUCUUAAACAAUUCUUAGUAAUAUACAAGAACUGGGAGCCAUUUGCUUCAGAUUGUUCCUCUGAGGUUGCUUUAUCUGGGGAUAAUCCUCAACGUCAUGAUGAGGUUAUAAUUGGCUGCUCUGCUGCACAUCCUGCUGAAAUCAUAGUGAUCUUAAUAGAAGAAGUUACACACAUAACAACCAUGGUGACUGAAUACAUAUCAGGGACUUCCAGUAGCUUGAUCAUCACAUCAGAAAGUUUUCCUGUCUUGAAAGCCUUGAUUAUCAUGACCCGGUCAAUGCAUAAUUGUAAAGUUUUGGGCUAUUAUGGUGGUAUUCAAAAGCUGACAGCACUAAUGAAAGGAGCUGUUGUCCAAUUGAAAACCAUUGUUGGCGCUCUUUCAGCUGAUGAAACUUUAUCAAGUUCAAAUGUAGAAAAGGCUGGUCUUUUACAAAAAAUACUUGUACAUGUGGUUUCAAUUGUAUGCAGCUUUAUCAAUUUACGAUUAGAUGUAUAUGGAAAGGCUCAGAUAGACAUUGACAACUUAGAGGCCGGUGUUGAAAGGAUUGCCACAACUCCAGAACCUUUCAUCGAUUCAAGGGAUCCUCUUUCUGAAAAAAGAGUGCAGUGGCAUCAGAAGGCAGUCAUAUCAGUGAUGGAAGCUGGUGGUCUUAAUUGGUUAGUAGAGCUGCUGCGUGUUAUUAGAAGGUUAAGCUUGAAAGAACAAUGGACGAAUUCAUCCCUUCAGUAUCUAACUUUAAGAACUCUUCAGUUGGCACUAACUGAUAAUUCACGUGGUCAAAACCAUUUUCGGAGCAUUGGGGGACUUGAAGUGUUGUUGGAUGGUCUGGGAGUACCGUCAUUUAACUCCUUAAGAUCAAGUUCCUCUUCUAAUCGUGGAAGUGGAGAUAUAAAUCCUUUAAUGUGGAUUCUGCAGCUCCAUGUUCUUUCUUUGGAGGUUCUCAGGGAAGCCGUCUUUGGCAAUUUGAACAAUUUGCAAUUUUUAUGUGAAAACGGAAGAGUGCACAAAUUUGCAAAUAGCUUUUGUUUGCCAGCGUUUGUGUUCCAAGAAUUCAUGCAGCAAAGAAGCAACUCGGCGGUGGAGGAUGAUACAAAAAUCCCUUCCUCUGUUGAUAGUGACCGCAAGAGCAGUAUUCAGAAUACAGGAAUAACAGAAACUUCUUCGUCUCUUAAUACUCCUAGUUGCCAAUAUUGGAGUAAUUAUACCGUCAAUUUGAGCAAAACUCUCUAUUCCUUUAUUCUCACAUUAGAGGAUUUAAGAUCACAUCAAGUGCAAUCAUAUGGUCGAAGUACUUUUCCAUUUUCUUCUGCAUAUGGAGAACUUUCGAUAAAGUUCAUCAUGAGGGUUCUUCUAACUGUAUUUCCAAGCAUUAAGGCCUUCUCAAAUCAAAAUGAGCUUCCUAGCCACUUAAGGAUAUUUCUGUAUUCGCUGCAACAUUAUGUGCUCUUCGUAUUUAGAAAGAUCCUUGUUUUAUCCCCCUCAUUGUUGGAUGUAUUUCGGUCAGAAGGGGUGUGGGAUUUCAUCUUUUCAGAGCACUUCUACUUUGGAAGUGGUUCAACAGUAAUUCCUGAAGCUUAUUUUAACUAUAGCGACGUUCGUCCCUGGAGCAGUGAGCCUUAUACUCGUUCAAAAUCCAGUAACAAACAUGCAUCAAGUAAUGUAACUGAUAUCCUUCAAACAAAUGUAAUUUCUGUCGUGGAAUUUGCUGCAACCCUCGAUGCAACUUCUCAUAACAUGCCCGAAUGUUCUGUGCUCUUAGACACCCUUGAACUAUUUGCCUGUAAUCCUGAGGUUGACACUGGCCUAGCGAAGUGUCUCCUCCACAUUUUGCAGCUUGCACCCGAGAAAACUGUUUCCUCUUUUAGAACACUUGAUGCAAUUCCUCGAGUGCUCAAAGUUUCUUGUAUUCAAGCUCAAGAGUCCAAAAAAUCAAAUUCACCAGGGACAGUGCAUAGUUGGCGUGAUAGUAUGGAAUCUUGCAUGCAGCUAUUUGCCGAAUACUUUUCGGUUACUGAAGAAGCACAAUAUUUGGUUUUGAAUAGUUCUACUUGUAUUGAUUGUUUGUUCGAUCUUUUCUGGGAAGAAUGUUUGAGAAGGUCCAUGCUUUCUUAUAUUUUUGCUCUGAUGAAGAUCAUUCCAUCUUCUGAAGAAGAUCAAAAGGCAAAGUUAUAUUUAUGUUCUAAAUACUUGGAAACCUUCACACAAGUCAAAGAAAGGGAGAAGAACUUUGCAAAACUAUCAAUUGAUCUGCUGGUUGGGAUGAGAGACAUGCUCUUGAAAGACCGAAUGUACUUCCAGACUUUGUUCUGUGAUGGUGAGUGUUUUCUGCAUGUUGUAUCUUUAUUGCAUGGGAACACUGAAGACGAAGAGGGUGAAAAGCUAGUACUGAAUGUUCUUCAAACUCUAACCUCUCUUCUUAUGGGUAAUGAUGCCUCAAAGGCUGCUUUUCGAGCUCUUGUUGGCAAGGGUUAUCAGACACUGCAAAGCUUGCUGUUAGACUUCUGUCACCGACGACCAAAUGCCGGUCUAUUAACUGCUCUGCUCGAUAUGCUUGUUGAUGGAAAGUUCGAUCUCAAGCGGAGUCUUGUUAUGAGGAAUGAAGAUGUUAUCUUGCUUUAUCUGAGUGUGUUGCAGAAGAGCAGUGACUUAAUGCGAAAUGAAGGGCUGAACGUAUUCCUUCAGCUGCUUAGAGAUUCCAUAUCAAAUAGAGCAUCAUGUGUCCGAGUGGGAAUGCUGAGCUUUCUUCUUGACUGGUUUCCUUAUGAAGAAAAUGAUAGUGUUGUCCUGAAAAUUGGCCAGUUAAUUCAGGUCACUGGUGGACAUAGUGUAUCUGGGAAGGAAAUCCGCAAAAUCUUUGCUCUACUUCGAAGUGAGAAAGUGGGAACUCGGCAACAGUACUGCUCACUAUUGUUAACCAAUAUUUCAUCUAUGCUAAAUGAAAAAGGACCGACGGCCUUCUUCAAUUUCGAUAGAGAUGAUUCUGGAAUAUUAAUCAGCACACCAGUGCAAUGGCCUCUUUAUAAGGGAUUUUCUUUUUCUUGUUGGCUCCGGGUAGAAAGUUUUCCUACAAGUGGAACAAUGGGGCUCUUUAGUUUUCUUUCAGAAAGUAAAAGAGGAUGCCUGGCUGCCCUUGCAAAGGAUAGGCUAAUUUUUGAGUCAAUCUACCAGAAACGACAGUGUGUUACAUUUCCUCUCAGCCUUGUUGGUAAGAAAUGGCAUUUUCUGUGCCUAACUCAUAGUAUUGGCAGAGCUUUCUCAGGAGGGAGUCAAUUAAGAUGUUAUCUGGAUGGAGUUCUUGUUUCGUCAGAAAAGUGCAGCUAUGCCAAAGUCACUGAGCCUUUGACCAGUUGCAUGAUAGGAGCACCAAUUAAUUUGCUUUCUUUUGAAGAAGACAGUGCUUCCUAUUCCAGCAAAGAAUCAUCUCCAUUUUUCGGUCAGAUGGGUCCAGUUUAUCUCUUUAGUGAUGCCAUCACUUCUGAACAAGUGCAGGGAAUCUAUUUCCUAGGACCAAACUAUAUGUACUCGUUUCUUGACAAUGAAUUUGCGGUUUCUGCCGAUAAUCCGUUGCCCAGUGGAGUUUUUGAUGCCAGAGAUGGUCUGGCCUCCAAGAUUGUUUUUGGACUUAAUGCACAGGCUAGUAAUCGUAGGACAUUGUUUAAUGUUUCACCUUCGCUGGAUCAUGCGCUUGACAAGAGUUCAUUUGAGGCAACUGUAAAAAAUGGGACUCAACUAUGUUCUCGCCGCUUAUUGCAACAGAUUAUCUACUGUGCUGGGGGUGUUUCUGUCUUCUUCCCGCUAUUCACUCGCAUUGAUUUGUAUGAGAAUGACAGCCAGCAACUUGGAUACAAUUUGCUUACACCUAUAACGAAAGAGCGCUUAACUGCUGAAAUCAUUGAGCUUAUCGCCUCUGUUCUAGAUGAGAACCUGCCUAAUCAACAACAGAUGCUUAAUCUUUCUGGAUUUUCGGUUCUUGGGUUUUUAUUGCAAUCAGUGCCUUCCCAACAGCUUAAUAUGGACACUUUAUCAGCCCUGAAACAUAUGCUAAAUGUUAUUUCGAAUUGUGGCUUGGCUGAGGUUCUUGUAAAGGAUGCAAUUGCACAUGUAUUCCUUAAUCCUUUCAUCUGGGUAUACGCUGUCUACAAAGUGCAACGGGAACUAUACAUGUUUCUCAUUCAGCAAUUUGAUAAUGAUCCAAGGCUUCUCGAGAGUCUGUGUYGUUUUCCACGCGUUCUUGAUAUUAUUCACCAGUUUUACUGGGAUAACAUGCCUUAUUCGACUGUUGGAAGCAAAGCUCACUUGCAACCUAUAACAAACAAAGAUUUUGGAGAGAGGCCCAACAAGGAAGAAAUACAAAAAAUACGACUGCUUUUACUAAGUAUUGGUGAGAUGAGUCUCAGGGAGCAUAUUGCAGUGUCAGAUAUUGAAUCACUUGUAUCCUUUUUUGAGACAAGUCAAGACAUGGCGUGCAUUGAGGAUAUUUUACAUAUGAUUAUCCGAGCUCUUUCUCAAAAGUCACUUCUCGCAUCGUUUCUUGAUCAAGUCAAUUUAGUUGGUGGCUGUCAUCUUUUUGUCAAUCUGCUUCAAAGGGAUUAUGAACCGAUCCGAUUACUUGGUUUGCAACUCCUGGGAAGACUUUUGGUCGGUAUCCCAUCUGAGAAGAAGGGGUCAAAAUUUUUUACUUUGGCUAUGGGAAGAUCAAAGUCUCUUUUAGAAGGCCAGAAGAGAGUCGAGUUAAGGUUGCAACCUAUUUUCUCCGCCAUGUCAGACAGGCUGUUUCGUUUUCCUCAGACAGAUGUUCUGUGUGCAACCUUUUUUGAUGUUCUUCUCGGUGGUGCUAGUCCGAAACAGGUCAUACAGAGACAUAAUCAGCCUGAGAGACAAAGAAGCAAGGGAAACAACUCCCAAUUCUUCCUACCUCAAAUAUUGGUUCUCAUUUUUAAAUUUUUGUCUGGCUGUGAUGAUGUGAAUGCAAGAAUUAAAAUAAUUGGAGACCUGCUUGAAUUGCUAGAUUCAAAUAUCUCUAACAUUGAGGCACUUAUGGAAAAUGGAUGGAAUGCAUGGUUAGUUGCUUCUGUGAAGCUUGAUGUGUUGAGAAACUACAAAAUGAAGUCACGACUUCAUGGUGACAAUGAAUUACUAGAGCAGAACUAUGUGAGGACAUUAUUUUCUGUAGUUCUUUGUCACUACAUACAGUUGAUAAAAGGUGGCUGGCAACAUUUGGAAGAGACUGUGAAUUUUCUCCUCAUGCAAAGCGAACAAGGUGGAAAAUCAUAUCGGUAUUUGGUUCGUGAUAUAUAUGAGGAUUUGAUGAAGCGGCUCGUGGACUUAUCUUCCAGAGAAAAUAUUCUUUCUUUGCAACCAUGUCGUGACAACACAUUGUACCUUCUGAAACUAAUUGAUGAGAUGCUGAUUUCUGAACUUGAUAACAAGCUUCCAUUUCCAGCAUGUGGCAAUGAUUUCUCUCCUGAAUGCAUUGAGUUGGAAAAUGAUAAAGAGCUUGUAUCUGCUUUGUAUGAGGCCCUUCAGGGAGAAAAUCAUGAUCAUCUCUCAAGAGAUCCAAAGGUUCUCAUGCAGUCUGUUCUCAAGGAAGUUGAAAAGAUUGAUGAAUCAUGGUGGAAUCUCUAUGAUAAAUUGUGGGUUGUCAUUAGCGAGAUGCAUGGGAAAGGGCCAAGCAGGUUGUUGCCAAACUCUUCAUCAACCAUAGGACCAUCUUUUGGCCAAAGAGCACGUGGUUUGGUUGAGUCGCUGAAUAUUCCUGCUGCAGAAAUGGCCGCAGUUGUUGUAUCAGGAGGAAUCAGCAAUGCACUGGGUGGAAAGCCAAACAAAAUAAUUGAUAAAGCAAUGCUACUAAGGCCUGAAAAGUGCUCAAGAAUUGCUUUUCGUCUCAUGAUCAUAUAUCUAUGUAAGUCUUCUCUUGAAAGAGCAUCACGAUGUGUCCAGCAGUUCAUUCCCAUUCUGCCUUGUCUCCUAACUGCUGAUGAUGAACAAAGCAAAAGUAGACUACAACUUUUUAUCUGGGCCUUGCUUGCUGUUAGAUCCCAGUUUGGGAUGUUGGAUGAUGGUGCUCGGUUUCAUGUCAUUGCACACUUAAUCCGAGAAGCGGUCGAUUGUGGGAAGUUGAUGCUGGCAACCAGUCUUAUUGGAAGAGAUGAUACAUCAGAUAUAGGCAGCAUCUCAAAGGAAACAGGAGCAAUCCAGAAUCUGAUACAAAAGGAUCGUGUGCUUGCUGCGGUUUCCGAUGAGGUUAAAUAUCUAAGAAAUGCCACUGUGGAGCGGACAAAACAGUUGGAUGAGUUCCGUGUUAGAAUGGAUGAGAAUAUGUCUUCUGAUUUGAACCAAUGGAGAACUUUUGAAGAUGAAACACGCAGUAGCUUAAAUGCUAUUCUUGCCUCAGAUGAUAGCAGAAGAGCUUCUUUCCAGCUUGCUCAUGAUGAGGAGCAACAAGUGACUGCUGAAAAUUGGAUUCACAUGCUUCGCACUUUGAUUGAUGAAAGAGGUCCAUGGUCAGCUAAUCCUUUCCCUAACAAAAUCGUUACACAUUGGAAACUUGACAAGACAGAAGACACAUGGCGUCGUAGGCAGAAGUUAAGGCAAAAUUAUCAUUUUAAUGAAAAGCUUUGUCAUCCUCCUUCCACUCUUCCUAGCAAUGGGACUGUUCCUUCUGUGACUGAAACAAAAUCAGGCUUUGCGGCUCACAUUCCACAGCAAAUGAAACAGUUUUUGCUUAAAGGAAUUCGAAGGAUAACAGAUGAAAGUUUCUUAGAAUCUGUAGAACUUGAUGCUGACAACAGUGAGCAGAAGGCCUCUACCAGUGAGGAUCUAUCAGAGAGACAAUACUCCGAGGGUCCAAAAGAUGAAAGUGAUCAGAAGGAUCUCCAGGAGCGGAAAGAUCAUUCCUCUACCUCAAUAGACUCAGAAGCUAGGGAGGUCCUCAUGUCUGUUCCAUGUGUACUUGUCACCCCUAAAAGAAAACUAGCUGGGCGUUUGGCUGUCAUGAAGAAGUUUUUACAUUUUUUUGGCGAGUUCUUGGUUGAAGGCACAGGGGGGUCAUCUGUUUUUAGAAAUAUUCAUGCAUCAGGCAGUUUUGAUUCAAACAAAAGUGAUAAUUUAGGAAUGCUGAAGCAAAAGUUUAUUAAAUGGCCAGUUAAUUUAGAUUUAACUUCUGAGGGAGAGUCCUCUGAUAACAUAAAUGCAGUUCUGGGUAAUCUUCUUCAGAAGCAAUCUGAAAACAUCAAGCGCCAUAGAAGAUGGGAAAUUGGCAAGAUAAAGGCUGUCCAUUGGACUCGCUAUUUGCUCAGAUACUCUGCCAUUGAGGUUUACUUCAAUGAUUCGGCUGCUCCAAUAUUUUUUAAUUUUGCAUCAAAUAAAGAAGCCAAAGAAGUCGGACACUUGAUAGUAGCCACUAGAAAUGAAUCUGUUUUUCCAAAGGGGUACAGGGACAAGGCUGGAGUUAUUUCCUUUGUUGAUAGACGUGUGUCCUUGGAGCUUGCCGAAACUGCCAGAGAGAGUUGGAGGAGAAGAGACAUUACCAACUUUGAAUAUCUGAUGAUUCUCAAUACCCUUUCUGGCCGAUCAUAUAAUGACUUAACUCAGUAUCCUGUAUUUCCUUGGGUAUUGGCUGAUUAUUCAUCCGAGAAUCUUGAUUUCAACAAGUCUUCUACUUUUCGUGAUCUUUCAAAACCUGUUGGAGCACUGGAUCAAAAACGUUUUGAGGUUUUUGAAGAUAGAUACCAUAAUUUUUCUGACCCUGAUAUCCCCAGUUUCUAUUAUGGAUCUCAUUACUCAAGCAUGGGUAUCGUGCUAUUUUAUCUCCUUAGGUUAGAGCCUUUUACAGGCCUACACCGUACACUGCAGGGUGGUAAAUUUGACCAUGCAGACCGCCUUUUUCAAAGUGUUGAGAGCACAUAUCGGAACUGCCUAUCUAAUACAAGUGAUGUGAAGGAGCUAGUUCCUGAAUUCUUUUACAUGCCAGAGUUUCUUGUUAACUCAAACUCUUACCAUUUUGGAGUGAAACAAGAUGGCGAACCUUUGAAUGAUGUCGGCCUCCCUCCUUGGGCCAAGGGUUCCCCUGAAGAAUUCAUAAGUAUAAACCGAGAAGCCCUAGAAAGUGAAUAUGUUAGUUCAAAUCUUCACCUCUGGAUUGAUUUGGUGUUUGGCUACAAACAACGUGGGAAACCAGCAGUGGAGGCAGCAAAUAUCUUCUAUUAUUUAACUUAUGAAGGAGCUGUUGAUUUAGAAACAAUGGAAGAUGAAUUGCAAAGGUCAGCCAUCGAAGACCAGAUUGCUAAUUUUGGUCAGACGCCGAUACAAAUAUUCCGGAAGAAACACCCCAGGCGAGGGCCACCAAUUCCAAUAGCCCAUCCUUUACGAUUUGCUCCUUCUUCUAUUACUUUGACUUCAAUAGUUUCUAGUACAAGUAUGCUACCUUCAGCUGUGUUGUAUGUCGGUAUAUCCGAUACAAAUGUUGUCCUUGUGAAUCAGGGACUCACCAUGUCAGUUAAGUUAUGGUUGACAACCCAAUUGCAAUCUGGUGGGAACUUCACAUUUUCUAGCUCACAGGAUCCGUACUUUGCCAUUGGUGCCGAUGUGCUUUCUCCUCGCAGAAUUGGUAGUCCUAUGGCUGAAAACAUUGAACUUGGAGCACAAUGCUUUACCACAAUGCAGACUCCAUCUGGAAAUUUUCUGGUUUCAUGUGGCAACUGGGAAAAUAGCUUUCAGCUCAUAGCCCUGAAUGAUGGACGAUUGGUUCAGAGUGUCCGACAGCAUAAAGAUGUGGUUAGCUGCGUUUCUGUUACAUCAGAUGGCAGCAUCCUUGCUACUGGUAGUUAUGAUACGACAGUUAUGGUUUGGGAGGUUUUGCGUGUGAGAGCCCCGGAAAAGAGACUACGCCACGUACUCCCAGACUUUCACCGUAAAGACUGUGUCAUUGCCGAUACUCCUUUUCACAUAUUAUGCGGACAUGAUGAUGUAAUCACAUGCUUGUAUGCAAGUGUAGAGCUUGAUGUGGUUAUUAGCGGAUCGAAAGAUGGGACUUGUGUUUUCCAUACCUUACGCAAAGGAAGAUAUCUACGAUCACUUCAACAUCCAUCUGGAUGCCCGUUGUCAAAACUGGUUGCAUCUCGACAUGGAAGAAUCGUACUUUAUUCUGAUGAUGAUCUCAGUUUGCACCUUUAUUCUAUCAACGGAAAACACCUUACCUCUGCGGAAUCCAAUGGCCGUUUAAACUGUGUUGAGCUGAGUAGCUGUGGUGAGUUCUUGGUUUGUGCAGGAGAUCAAGGACAGAUUGUUGUUCGGUCUAUGAAGUCACUUGAGAUUGUGGGAAGGUUUAGUGGUGCUGGGAAGAUUAUAACUUCGCUGACCGUAACCCAAGAGGAAUGUAUCUUAGCUGGGACCAAGGAUGGGAGCCUUCUCGUGUAUUCCAUAGAAAAUCCUCAACUUCGCAGAGCUACCAUCUCCCGAAACCUAAAAUCAAAAGCUUCUGGGAUGUGAUGAUAUGCAUUCUCGUCAACAAUCGAUGAUGACAACUAUAUUGAGGAGGGUUCACAUGGAAUACCAUGAUGUACAAUACACACACACAAUAGAUUCGUUCCAAGGAAAACGGUGAAAGGCGGCCUUGCGUUAUUUGUGAUUUGAAUCUCGAGUAUCGAGUUCUCUAACACACAGAUACAUGUAGAUUAUGUGUUUUUGUUAGGUUAGAUUGUGGACACUAAUGUAUUACUCAACUCUCAUCAUAAAUGUAAUCAUAACGCAACUCCGUAGAUAUCAUCAUAUGUCAAAUUCUGGCUCA